UUCUCUGCCUCUCGCGCUCGCUGGGUCUCUCCGCGCCGCCAUGGCCGCUGCUCUGUGCCGCGGCGCCUCCCCCCGCCCGGGCCCGGCGCGGCUGCUGCUGUUGCUCGGAGGCCUCCUGUGCGCGGCCCCGGCGCGGGGCGACGCGGAGCCGGAGCUGGAUCCGCACGCGCGGCACCGUUACAACGCCGAGAUGCUGCGCCACGGCGCUCAGAUCGCCCCGCACUUCGUCAUGUUCUUCGCCCCCUGGUGUGGACACUGUCAACGUCUACAACCAACUUGGAAUGAUCUGGGAGACAAAUACAACAACAUGGAAAAUCCAUCAGUCUAUGUUGUAAAAGUGGAUUGCACUAUAGAUAUUCCACUCUGCUCUGAAUUUGGAAUCAGAGGAUACCCCACCCUAAAGCUGCUUAAGCCAGGCCAAGAACCUGUGAAAUACCAGGGUCCUAGAGACUUUCAGGCACUGGAAAGCUGGAUGUUGCAGACACUAAAUGAGGAACCAGCUGAGCAAGAAUCUGAUCUGCAACCACCAAAACUUCCGGAACCUAAACAGGGAAUGCAUGAUCUCUCAGCAGCCAAUUUCAAGAUGCAUAUAGAAGAAGGUAAUCACUUUAUCAAAUUCUUUGCCCCUUGGUGUGGCCACUGCAAGGCUUUGGCUCCAACCUGGGAACAGCUGGCCUCAGUUCUUGAACAUUCUGAAACUGUCAAGAUUGGCAGGGUUGACUGUACACAGCAUUAUGAAGUCUGUUCUGAAAACCAAGUUCGUGGAUAUCCCACUCUCCUCUGGUUUAGCAAUGGUGAAAAGGCUGACCAGUAUAAAGGAAAGAGGGAUUUGGAUUCAUUAAAGGAAUAUGUCGAUUCUCAGCUACAAAAUGCCGAGAAAGCUCCAGAUGCUGAUAAGCCACCUGAAGUUCCACAGCAGCCUGCAGAACCCACUCAGGAUGAGCGUACAGUCCUGUCUCUCUCUGAAAAAGACUUUGACCAAACCAUUGCUAAAGGAGUUACCUUCAUUAAAUUCUAUGCUCCAUGGUGCGGUCACUGUAAGAACUUGGCUCCAACUUGGGAGAACCUCUCCAAAGAACAAUUUCCAGGUUUGACAGAUGUCAAAAUAGCAAAAGUAGAUUGCACCAUCGAACGUAACGUCUGCAACAGAUUUUCUGUGAACGGUUAUCCAACACUGUUGCUUUUCCGAGCAGGGGAGAAAGUCAGUGAACACAAUGGAGCCAGAGAUCUUGAAACGCUGCAUAAGUUUGUUAUGCGUCAGGCAAGGGAUGAAUUGUAAAACACACAUGGAUACUUCUGCCCUGACUGUUCUUGUACACUAAUGGAGAGAGUUAAAUCAAGUUAAUGUUGUUGAUUUUCAAAGGGGGGGUGGGGUUGGUUUUUUGUUGUUUUUGAAAACUGAAUGUACUGACUUGUGGUAUCUUCCUUGUGUGUGUGUUUUAAAGCCACACCGUACUGAUUUUUUCACUGUUUGUCAAGGAAAACUGGUAACAAGUAGUUACUGUGCAAAUUGAGUAUUUUCAGCAUCAGUAUUACUACAUUUCUACCUUCCCCUGUUGAGAGAUAAAUGGUUUCCUUUGAGCCUAAAAUAGAUGAGGAAAAUCAAGUUAAGGGACUGGGUAAACUAUUUUUGUCUUCAGGUUGAAUUUGGGUAAAGGCUUGCUACCAAAGUACAGCUUAUAAAGUGCUCACCAUUACUAGAAAGGUGCAAGCCCCAGCUAUAUUAAUAAAUGUUGCCUUUUCAACUGAAGCUAAAAAUUCUGUCUUAAUAUAGCAGCUGGUCAAAAAAUGGGAGGUUGAAAAAGAGAAAACACCUCUUUGGAAGAUACCAGACCACUACUGUUAAUAUUUCUCUAGUCAUGGGAGGCCCUAGCCAUUAUGAAAGUAGUGGUACUUUUACUAUGUGCCUGAAUAUUACUGAUGCCAUAGGAGAUGGGGAAUUUUAUAACAGUUCAAACAGGACACUUCUCUUCACUGCUAGAGGAGAGGAUGCUAUCAUAACAACCACUUAAAGAGGUAGACAUCUCUUGGAAAAUAAUUAACACAUUUAGAAACAACUGGUUGCAAAUUUUCUGUACCAUAUUUCUCUUGCCACAGUUUACUGGUAGCACCACUCAUCUGACUUAAGCAGCAGGAGCAGAUGAACUCAUGGGGUUUAUUUAAUCAGCAGAUUGAUACUUCAAAAGUGUUUCUUGUUCCUCAAAAUGAGAAGCAAAACUCCUCUUCAUUACCACUGCAAUUCAGUUCCUGUUGCUACCUUUGAAUGGGAGGACCAUAUACUUUGUUGCCUUGAAUGAUGACCUACCUGAUUGUGUGAGGUGUUCUAUACAUUAAAGCCAAAGAAUUUACAAUGCAGACACCGUUAGUUUGCUAAUGUAGCUGUAUCUUUUCUUCUGAAGGGCUAAAUUCUGCCCUCAUUCAUGCAUCAAAAUUCAUUGACAUCUCUGGGAAUUACAUAUGUCAGCACUUUGCUCUAAGUCAAGCUGUGUUUUUUUGUGUCCAUAUGUAAUAGUGAGAAUUCUCUUUACAUCGGUAACUUACUCUUUCUGGCAAGGACCACAGGUUCUGUUCAAACUAAAAUUGGGUAAGCAUGGAAAGUGUACAAUGAGGGCUAAAUAUUGUAUGGCAAGAUGUAUUAGAUAAAAUGUAUAGACAUCUGCCUUAAAGGAAGCCUUUAUUAAUGUUUUUUAAAACUCUUGUGAAGCACAAUCUCAGGAGUAGCCCAAGCUUUGGCUCAUGAGUUUCUUGUAUAAAAUCAAAGUAGUACAAUUGUUUACACUGAGACUUUCUAAAUAAAAUUUUUUUUAAAAAA